GAAAUCUCCAUGCGGUGCGAGUAACAAAUUCGACACACAAUUGCAGGCAAUAUGUGCUGAUAAGAUUCGAAACUGGAUUCCAAAUGAAAAGUUACAGCAACAAUGACUAACUUCCAAGUAUCCAUACAUUUUACAGCAAGUUACCAUCCAAAUUGAGCAAAGGUGCCUAGGCGUCCAUGAUGUGGCCCGUGCAUGCCCCGGAUUAGAUGGAGGGGCAGCUUUGUGCACAGACCAGCAUGACCCCUGCCAGGUGACAGCUGGUUCACUUCACAUGGCCGCCAACCCAAAGAAUCCGAGGGACCGGAAUUGGACCACAUAGGAUUGAGGCACAUCUUCUUCUCGCCUUGUUGGACUCCGACUCCUACGAAAUCACUCCUAUCCUCCCCCGCAGAAAGCAGUCAUCCUUCCUUUUCAUCAUGUCUCUGCAGGUUCCUUUCCGUGAGAAGGCAAAUGGCGGGGUGCCUGGUGCCACCAAAGCAGUAAUUCUGGUUGGCGGCGCCUCCCGUGGCACCCGCUUUCGCCCACUCUCCCUCGACGUUCCCAAGCCCCUCUUCGAUGUCGCAGGCCACCCCAUCAUCUGGCACUGCUUGACCGCUAUCGACAAGGUCCCCUCGAUUCAUGAGGUUUACCUGAUCGGCUACUACGAGGAAUCGGUCUUCCGCGACUUCAUUAAGGAUGCGUCGAGCCAGUUUCCGAACCUCUCCAUCAAGUACCUCCGCGAAUACCAGGCGCUGGGCACCGCUGGCGGCUUGUAUCACUUCCGCGAUGCCAUCCUCAAGGGCCGUCCCGAACACAUCUUUGUCCUGAACUCGGACGUGUGCUGCAGUUUCCCGCUCAACGACAUGCUCAAGCUGGCCGAGGAGAAGGAUGCCGAGGCCGUUAUUCUGGGGACACGGGUCAGCGAAGAUGCCGCCACCAACUUUGGCUGCAUCGUCUCCGACGCGCACACUCGCCGCGUGCUGCACUAUGUCGAGAAGCCCGAGAGCUACAUCUCCAACCUGAUCAACUGCGGCGUCUACCUCUUCUCGACCGACGCCAUCUUUCCUUCAAUCCGCAGCGCCAUCAAGCGUCGCACCGACAGGCCGCGCCUCGGCUCAUACCGCUCCAGUGACAAUCUCGCGAGCUCCUUCAUGAUUGACGACGACGAGGAGAGCGAAAAGACCGAGGUCAUCCGGCUUGAGCAGGACAUUCUUAGCGACAUGGCCGACAACAAGCAAUUUUUCGUCUACGAAACCAAAGACUUCUGGAGGCAAAUCAAGACGGCCGGGUCCGCCAUCCCGGCCAACGCGCUGUACCUGCAGAAGGCCUGGCAGAACGGCUCCACAGAGCUGGCCGCCCCUUCGGCAAACAUCAUCCCCCCUGUCUACAUCCACCCAACCGCCCAGGUACACCCGACGGCCAAACUGGGUCCCAACGUCUCGAUUGGCCCGCGCGCUGUCAUUGGCGCUGGCGCGCGCGUCAAGGAAUCGAUCGUCUUGGAGGACGCCGAGAUCAAGCACGACGCCUGCGUGCUCUACUCGAUUAUCGGUUGGAGCAGCCGCGUGGGUGCCUGGGCGCGCGUGGAGGGCACCUCGACGCCCGUGACAAGUCACAGCACAAGCAUCAUCAAGAACGGCGUCAAGGUGCAGGCCAUCACCAUCCUGGGCAAGGAGUGCGGGGUGGGCGACGAGGUUCGCGUGCAGAACUGCGUGUGCCUGCCCUUCAAGGAGCUGAAGAGGGAUGUUGCCAACGAGGUUAUUAUGUAGGGGAGAGCAAAGCUGGUCGUUGGUUGGGCGUGGUUGCAUUUACUUUGGUGCACGGUAAUACGGGCGGGGGGGUUGCAUGCGCAACUUAAUAGAUGGAUAGCUUAACCCAAGCAAAAGCGUGUUGUUUCUUGUUGCGGGCAUACUUGCUCUUCUCUACGGACCUAGGCGGUAUAGUCACAUCCUCUAGGCCAUUGGGUCACUUCCCUAGGGGCGAAUGCUGUCGUAGGGUGUCAUAUUGGUACGGUUUCCGUGAUCCUAAGAUACAUGGGGCCGGCUGCCUAGGACUCUCCGCCAAUUUGUAAACUGCUCAUAAUAUUCCAGCGCAUUGAGCACCCCCGU